UGCGGCUGGCCAGGUUGCCUCCUAGCCCGGGCGGGGUUUGCUUACAUCGCUGCCGCCGCCGCCACCGCGGCUGGUAACGUUAGCAUAGCAGCCGGCCACAGGCAGGUGGGACUGCCUGCGCCGCCGCCCUGGCGAUGGGCUCAGCCUGGAGCAUCCCCGAGGAGCGGGAGCCUCUGUUGCCCCCUACGCCGCCCGCCGGGCCGCCGCCGUUUGCUCAGCAUGGCCAGUUCUACCGGGCGGCGACAGCGGAGUCACGGGGCAGAGGGACGCCUCUGGCGGGGCCCCUGCCUCGCCUGCCGCCGGUGCCGGGCCGCGUGUACGGGCGGCGCUGGCUGGUGCUGCUGCUCUUCUCGCUGCUGGGCUUCCUGCAGGGCCUGGUGUGGAAUACAUGGGGCCCUAUUCAGAACUCGGCCCGCCAGGCCUUCGACUUCUCCAGUUUGGAUAUCGCCCUGCUGGUCUUCUGGGGACCCAUCGGCUUCGUGCCCUGCUUCGCCUUCAUGUGGCUGAUGGACAAGAAGGGCCUCAGAGAAACUGUGUUGCUAACAUCCUUUCUAAUGGUGGUAGGCGCUGGCCUGAGAUGCAUACCUGUAUCCAACCAAGAAACAAGGAAAUGGCUAAUACACGGAGGACAGCUGUUAAAUGGAUUGGCAGGCCCAACUGUAACAAGUGCUUCUCCACUUCUUUCUACUACAUGGUUUUCACCAGAUGAACGUGCCACUGCCACAGCUAUUGCAUCAUUGAUCAGUUACCUUGGUGGAGCAUGUGCGUUUUUAGUAGGGCCUUUGGUAGUUCCAGGGCCAAAUAGCACAACAGCAGUUCCACCUGUGUUUGGAAAUAGUCCUGAGUAUAUAAAGGACCGCAUUGAGGCUGUAUUGUUUGCAGAAUUUGGCAUUGUGGCUGUGAUAUUCUGUGCAGCGCUAGCUUACUUCCCAUCACGACCUCCAUUCCCACCCAGCGUGGCUGCAGCUAGUCAGAGGCUCAGCUAUGGAAGAAGUUUUUGUAGGCUGCUCAGCAAUCCCCGGUUUUUGAUGAUUGCUCUGGCCUAUGCAAUACCACUGGGAGUUUUCUCAGGAUGGUCUGGUGUUCUUGAUUGGAUAUUAACUCCAGUUCACAUCAGCCAAGUGGAUGCAGGUUGGAUUGGAUUUUGGUCCAUUGUAGGCGGCUGUGUUGUUGGCAUAGCACUAGCAAGGUUUGCUGAUUUUAUCAGAGGAAUGCUGAAACCUAUCCUACUUCUGUUACUGUCAGGAGCAACUCUGUCAUCUUUUUGGUAUACUUUAACAUGUUUAAAAACUGUCGUUCAUCUUCCUUUAACUACAGCCACACUUUAUACUUCCUGCAUUUUGCUGGGUGUCUUCUUGAACAGCAGCGUCCCUAUCUUCUUUGAACUUUUUGUGGAAACGGUCUAUCCUGUUCCUGAAGGGAUUACCUGUGGCGUGGUCACCUUCCUAAAUAACAUGUUCAUGGGGGUUCUUUUAUUUUUCUUUAGUUUCUACCAUAAAGAAUUUUCCUGGUUUAACUGGUGCCUCCCAGGUUCCUGCUUACUAAGCCUUCUACUCAUCUUGUGCUUCAGGGAAUCCUAUGACAGACUUUAUCUGGAUGUGAUUGUCUCUGUAUGAAAACCUAAAGCAAGGAAGUUAAAGAAGAUGGAAAAUAAUACUGGAUUUGACCUGUUUUCUUGAAAAACACAUAGACUAAAGGUUACAGUACAAAUUCAAAAAGUCACCAGGAUUUUUUGGUUGAAUUUACAUACAAAAUGGGUUAUUUUUAAUUCCUAAUAUGGUAUUUUAUCAUUUAGAUUAUUAUGAUGAGCCUUGCCUUUGAAUGGAAUUAGAAUAUUUUUUUUAAAAAAAUACCUAUUCAGAAGAAUGUGUGCUAGAAGAAAUAUGAACUGUGAUAUUUUAUUUAAUAAGCUGUUUAACGGCAAAAAUGUGUGCCAACUGAAAAUACUUAUAACAAAAGUAUAAUAGCAAUAUCAUCACAGUUAGGAAGUAAUGAUGGAAUUUUUAUGGAUAAAAGCUUCUUUUUAACUCUUUUUCUUUUUUAACUGGUGUUUUAAUGAGAAUUCUGAUAAUCCCACAUUUGUCUUGCUUUGUAAUUUUUAGAUGUUAUUUCUUCAUUGUGGCAUGUUCAUAUUAAAACUUCCUUGAUGACAGAUUUUCAACUUAGUUGCUAGGACUGAACAAAUUGUUGCUUUCUCACUGUGAAUCACCUUGUUUAAGAGGGAAUUGGCAUAACAUUACACUAGGAUUUUGGUUAAAUACAAGAUAAAAGCUUUAACAUCUUCCUAGUUUUUCUAUUUGAAGCUACUUUUGCUUAUUUAAUCUAGGGAUACCAUUCUUUUACUUUCCCCUCCAAAAGACAGACAGAUAGGCACAUACAUAGUCACAGAAUGGGAGAAAGAAGAGACUUCUUAUUAAAUGGUUCUUGGCAAUUGGUGCUAUAAAUUAUGUGAAAUUAUUUAAAUGUAAUUGCCAUAUAGCCUUAUAGCCUAAUACAGACAUUUAGGAAAGUGGAUAGAGAAUUACUGUCACUUUAUAGGAAAUUGUUUCUGUUCUUAAGGAGUGAUAAUGUCUUAUAAAUAUGGCUUAGUACUUA